AUGUCAGAUGGCGGAGAAAGUCUAAAUAGUAUGAAUUUUUGGGGGGUUUUGAAUUUGGGGAUUUGUGUUAUUUUGUGUUUAUGGUAUGCGGUAGUGUUGGUGAUGGUGUUCUGUGGUUGGUAUGAGAUCUUGGUAAAUUUUGAUGUCUCUAAUCCUUGUAACAGUGGGGGGCAUGAUGAAUGCACGAGCUUAGGUGAGUUGGAGUGCGUAAGUAUUUUACGGCCCUGUAAAGGCAUUGAUGCAGCUAUGCAAGAAUGUCUGGAAAGUUGUAUAUUGCAGGAUUACUCGGGCAAGAUAGAGGUUAUUUUUUGCGUCGAGAGUAUUGAUGAUCCAUGUGUCCCUAUAAUCAAGGAUUUACUGAUGAAGUAUCCCGAUCAUAAUAUUAAGCUUUUGGUAGGGUCGGAUAGUUUUGGGCCCAAUCCCAAAGUGAACAACCUGGCUAAAGGGUAUCGAAGCGCGAGUCACGAUAUUAUCUGGGUUCUAGAUUCAAAUGUGUGGUGUUCACCAAGCACCUUAAGGCACAGCGUCAUCAGUUUAACUAGAUCUUUGGACAAUGGUCGUAGGACGAGAAAAAAAGUAAUAUUGACCCAUCACAUUCCCCUUGGAGUCAGUUUAAACCCUGCCAGCACAAGUGGCAGGUUGGAGGAGGCAUUUCUAUUCAGUAGCCAUGCCAAGUUCUACGUCGCCUUCAACAAAUUGAGCAUUGCGCCUUGCGUUAAUGGCAAAAGUAACUUGUAUCUUCGCAGCUCGUUGAACAAAGCGGUUGACCUGAUUGCUGAAGGUAAUAGAGCGUCACAUCCGUUUCAUGGGAGAGAGGUUAUCCAUUGCGCCAGACAAAAUUCUCUAAAGUCUGGAAAUUUUAUAACACAUACGCAUGAAGAGUAUAUGGAACUGAAGUGGUCUGAUGGUGGCUUCGUUGAGCAGACGAUCAGCGGCGAGAUGCAGCAACAGCACAGUCACGGAAUUGAAUUUUUUAGCAGAUACAUCGGUGAAGAUAACAUGAUCGGCACUGCGUUAUGGAAUAUGCUUGGCGGGCGAACCGGUAUGACUGGCCAUUGCGUCAUCCAGCCUCUCGUAUUCGAUGCCCAAGAAAAUGGUCUUCAAAGUUACGUUGAUCGCCGUGUAAGAUGGCUUCGUGUACGUAGAUACAUGGUGGUUGCCGCUACCUUUUUGGAACCUACAACCGAAAGCAUAGUAAUCGGAAUUAUGGGCUCCUAUGGCAUUCCUAGACUCCUGUUUAGGAGUUUUAACCCAAGUGUAUUCGGCUUUUUCUGGUUCGUGGCACAUAUGAUUAUAUGGUGCUAUAUGGAUAGAGUCCAGUAUAACACCUUGGCACUUACCUUGAUGGAAUUAAAGUUGCCUCUUAGUUCGAAGAACCACGCCACAGAUAUCCCAACCUUCUUGCCCAAAAAUUCCCAUCACAGAGAAUUUUACGAUUGGCUGUAUUAUUGGUUUGCCCGCGAGCUUCUAGCCUUUCCUAUCUGGAUCAAAGCAAUAUCUGGAUCAGUAAUCAAUUGGCGAAAUAGUCCUUUCAGGAUUAAAUCUGACCUCACUGCAGAGAGUCUCUGA